AUGGGGUGGGUUAAUUCACCGACAUUUUCGCCCACCAGUGCUGACUCUCCUGCUAUUAGGUCUUCAGGUCGUCACAGUCAUACACACAUUGACAUUACCCACAUUUCUCGUUCUCCCUCCCCCGGCUCGCAAGAAGACGAGCUCCACGAAAACGGUGUCCAGGUCUCCGCUGGCGUCUCCCCCCAAUAUUCGAUCCUCCAGCCGACGCAAAGUCAGAGCGGUUCCUCCUCCCACCAAGGUGACUUUGUGCAAGUGCUAUACCCGAGCGAACUUGGAGAGCCCGAUGGCUCAGAUUCCGCCUCAAGAGUAGACCACCGUGAAAGAGUGCAGCAAUACGAGUCUCGGUCCAAUUCAGCAAGACGACAGACGGUGCACCGCCAGCAAGCUAUACGCGAGCCCGCUCGCAGUCGCACUCGAGAGUUGCAAGAUACAUCCCCGACUGAGAGUGGGGAUUCGACCGAGGAGUUCCUUGCCAGGCGGGACCUGGGCUCUCACAUGCCUCGUCCUCAAUCAUAUUAUGGGCACAACGGGUAUACUCACAGCAGUUCGUCCGCUUCAUACCCCUAUCCUCCUGUGCCACAUCCCGCAAAUCAGGUGAUCGCCCUUCAACCGCAACCACUGGCUAUGCCAUAUCCCGCCCCCUAUCCGCAAGGCCAGCCAGUGCCAUAUCCUCCUCAUGCUGCGUACCCUGGUGGCUUCAGUCACCAUGCUCCUUCACAAGUGAGCGCUCCAUACACAUCAUCGCCUUACGGUCCGGCGACAGUCGUCAACUAUGGUGUUCCCCCACCGCCAGCGAGCUAUUAUUCUCCCCAAUAUCCUCCGCCCUUCGGUGCCCAGCAGUAUCCGCCACACUACAUGCAGUACCCUCAACAAAUGCCUUACCCAUACUUUGCUCCACCACUUGCGCCUUCUCCGCAGCCAGGUUCUGCAAGUGCCUCUGCCGAAAAACUUGAAGCAAAGAAUAACGAUGACCUUGUUAGACGCUUCAAGGACAUGAUGAAAGAAGAUCAGCUUGCCAAGGACGCAGAAGCAGCCUCGCUCGCAGAACAAGAAACCCGUCUUCGGGAACAAGCACUCAGGCAGGUUGAGGAGAAGGUUCGACAGGCUGAGGAGAAGGCCCGUCAGGCCGAGGAAAAAGCGCGACAAGAUGAAAGGGCCCGACAGGAUGCCCUUCUUCAGGCCGAGGAGAAAGUUCGGCAAGCGGAAGAGAAGGCUCGACAGGAAGCGAUACGUCAAGCCGAAGAGAAAGUCCGACAAGACGCUCUACGUGCGGAAGAAGAGAAACGGAUUCGGGAACAGGCCCUAGUCCAUGCAGCAGAAAAGGCUCGAGCAGCAGAAGCAGCUGCGGCAGCACGCAUGGAAGAAGAGCGGCGGAUUCGAGAAGAAGCUGUACGGGCUGCAGAGGCAAAGGCUCGUGCUGAGGCUGCGGCAGAGGCAGAGCGUAGGGCCGCAGAAAAACGAAUCCGAGAAGAAGCGAGACAGGAAGCAAUUCGGGCUUACGAAGAGCAAGUCCGAGCGGCGGCGGAACAAGCCGCACGAGAACAGCAGAUUCGCAAAGAGGCUGCAGAAGCUGCCCUGAAAGCUGCUGCGGAAGAGGCCGCUGCGAAGGCAGAAAAGGCCGCACUCGAGAAGAAAAUUGCCGACGACGCUGCAGCGGCUGCGAAGACCGCAGCCGAGAAAGAGGCUGCUGAGGCUGCUGCUGCUGCUAGAGAGGAGGCAAAAAAGGUGAAGGAAGAGGCUGAAGCCAAGCUCAAGGAGGCCGAGGAAGCAGCGGCCAAAGCCAAGGCAGAAGCCGAAGAGGCGGAAAAGAAAGCCGCUGCUGCAAAGGGCCCCGAAAAGAAGGCUCCGGUCAGAUUCAAAGAUGCCAUUGGGCGGAAUUACAAUUUCCCCUGGGAUCGAUGUUGCAAGUGGAGGGAUAUGGAAAAUCUGAUCAUCCAAGCAUUUGCGCACAUCGAAAACCUUGCAGAGCAUGUGACAGCGGGCCGUUACGACCUGAUCGGCCCUGACAAAGAGAUCAUCAUGCCCAACUACUGGGAAUCAACCAUCGAGCCAGAUAUGCACAUCACAAUGAUGCUGUGGCCCAUUCCCGAACCCAAGGAAGAAAUUAUAGAGGAGCCGCUGCCGCCUCCGCCUCCGGAGAUGUUAGACGGUGGUAUUCUCAAUCUAGAUGAUAUAAUCAACCCGCCGAAGGGGAAAAAAGGCCCCAAAAAGAAGAAACCGACCGGAGGCAUCGCCGGCUGGAUGCUGGGAGGAGCAGCCGGUCGGCCAUCGCGGCCUUUAAAAGGUGAUAAAAAGCCUGAUGUGGCCGCUAAAUCUCAGCACGGUGCCACUGACGACAGUGCAUGCAUCGUUAUGUGA